CGGCAUUACGAGACCUUAUCAACUUUUAGGCCAGUAAAAUAAGAUAUCGUGUUUAAUUACUUAAAAGGCUCUGACGGAGCAAUUUCCUUGCAUUUUCUCCCCUGCUUCAUCAGGCCUUUCAUGACAGCAUUAUGAGACCUUAGAUUUCAUAAAAUACCUUACGGUUGUCGUAAACUUUAUUUUGACAACACAAUCUUAAUAGAGGAAGUUAGCAAUGGGUAGAAUCUACGACAAUUGGGAGAGACUGGUUGAAGCAACAUUGCGGAAAGAGAAGCUUCGGGAACUUGCUCGUGCCCCCAGUCUCAGCUCUGUUUCAUCGGAUUUUAGUUCUAGAUUCAGUUGCAAUUCUCCUUUUCAUGAUCCGGCCAUUAACAAUUUUUGGGGUCUUGAUCUCGAAGCUUCUUCCAGCCCAAGCAUUCCGUUUUAUAGUAGAGAAAGCACUGUUGAAAGCCUUCCUACUCCAAUAUCUACGGAAGAGAUAUUGCUGCCACCUAAUGCUAAGUCCAUUUCUUUCAUAGAGUUAAAGAAGGCGACCAAAGAGUUUCGAUCUGACAGACUUUUAGGGGAAGGAGCAUUUGGUUCUGUUUAUAAGGGAUGGAUCAACGAGCACACUCUUACAGCUGCAAGGCCAGGAUAUGGAAUGGCCAUUGCUGUCAAGAAGUGGAAUCCCCAUAGUGUGUUUGGGUUCAACGAAUGGUUGACGGAAGUGAAUUAUCUGUCACGACUUCAUCAUCCAAACUUGAUUAAACUUAUUGGGCACUGCCAUGAUGUUGACAACUUUCUGUUGGUGUAUGAGUUCAUGCUGAAAGGAAGCCUAGACAAUCACUUGUACCAAAGUGGGCAUCAGUUUCUUUCUUGGGAUACAAGAAUUAAGGUGGCUGUUGGUGCAGCUAGAGGCCUUUCUUUCUUGCACGACACUGAAAACCAAGUGAUACAUCGAGAUUUUCACUCUGCUCAUAUUCUUCUGGAUGAGGAGUUUAAUGCCAAGUUGUCCGGAAUCAAUUUGGCUAAAGACAGGCAAACUGGUGAUAUGACUCACAUGUCCACUCGAGUUAUGGGUACAAAUGGCUAUGCUGCACCAGAGUACAUAGCUACAGGUCAUUUGACUGAAAAGUGUGAUGUAUAUAGUUUUGGGGUUGUUUUGCUGGAAUUACUAUCUGGACGCCGGGCUAUUGAUAUGAGCAAAACUGAUGGAACACACAAUCUGAUGGAAUAUUUGUCUAACAAGAGCAGAGUGUCUCGAUUUAUGGACACUAAAUUGGAGGGCAAAUACCCUCAGAAAGAAGCACUAAUUGUUGCAACCCUUGCAUUGCACUGCUUAAGCAAUGAUCCAAAAACCAGGCCGAGCAUGGCAGAGGUAUUAGCCACACUGGAACAACUUUAAGGUCCAUCUGAGAGUGAAAAAAAAUCAAGAUUCUUCUAAAUCCAUUUUGUUUAUAAGUAAUAAAAAAAAAAAAAAUCUGAAUAUGACACCUUUGGUGUCUCUUUUAAUCAUAGCAAAAUCAGGUGUAAAUGAUGCAAGAUUAGUUGGAGUAAUUAUUGGCGAAACGUUAUCCUUAUCAGUUAAAAGUUACUUUCCUC